UUCAUGUUCCCUGAGCUCCAGGAAAAAACAACCCAAGCAUCCCAAUUUAAAAAAAGGUUUUACUAAACAAAAUACUAUUUUCGAACUCUUUUACACAAGAGGAGUCCUCACAGACCAAUAAUAAGAAAACAAUUAUACAAAAACUAUACGAUAUAGCCCAAUCUUACUGUUAUGAGUCGAGAAUGAGUACCACAGAAGACAACGGAAGCAAGUGCUCUUCGGCCCCUAUUUCCACCUUCACUAUUCAGUCGAUAUUGGGCAAGUCGUCGGAGAAGCCACGGUCCGGGGCGAAGGAGAGUUCCAAGGGACUGCAGCUGGCGAGGACGCGCUUGCUCUCGGUUUCUUCGGAAGAGGAGUGCAGCGGUGGGGAGGACUCUGCAGACUGUUUCUGCUCGGAUCCUGGUCACAGAGAGCCAUGCAACCAACAUCAACCACUUAAUUUUUCAUGUUUAGGUGCAACCAAGGGACUUAUUUCAGGCCAAGACGGGAUUGCACGGCGACCGCACUUGACACAGCCUCUGCUGCAGGAUUACAAAGAGGAACAAGAGAGACCAUGCAAUCCAAUGUCACCUAUUUCAGAAGAGAGACAGACAGACGGUGCGGACAAGCAGACAAACUCGUCCAAGAAGAAGACUCGUACCGUCUUCUCGCGGAGUCAGGUGUACCAGCUCGAGUCCACAUUUGAUAUGAAGAGGUAUUUGAGCAGCUCCGAGCGAGCCUGCUUGGCAUCAAGUCUACAGCUAACAGAAACUCAAGUGAAGACGUGGUUUCAGAACCGCAGAAACAAAUGGAAACGACAACUGUCUGCGGAACUGGAGGCUGCGAACAUGGCACACGCAUCCGCACAGACACUGGUCGGAAUGCCGCUUGUUUUUAGAGAUAACUCCCUGCUCCGGGUACCAGUUCCAAGAUCUAUUGCUUUUCCAACGCCACUAUACUAUCCCGGCAGCAGCCUACAAGGGUUACCACUGUACAAUCUGUAUAACAAGAUUGAAUAUUGACUCAAUGCCUGUGAUGACAGUCCAAAAUAAUAACACGUUAACACGCGACAGUACUUUCUUAUAAAUGUCUGCCAAACUCAUGUCUAUUAUAUAACUUUAUUUGUUGAAAAAAAUAUGUCUUAUUAUGCAGCAACUGUAUGUUUUAACAAGAAAGCAACAAGCUUCUCUAAAUGUAUAAAAUACACCAUGUGUAUAAUAAUUAUUUUCAACCUUGAUUUUGCGUUCUUCUCCCUGGUUUAACGCGUUAUACAUUACGAGAAUGUAGACACUGAAAUACAGAUGUUAUCAAGUGGACUGUUUCCCAAACGAAUUAUGAAUGCAUUCAAACACAGUUUUAAAUGUAAUGUGAAUGUGAAUAUGAAAUAUUGAGGUCCAACGACCUUAAUCUGUUAAAAAAUACUGGAAGAAAUUGGGUUUAUACAUUUGGGGAUAUGGAAGUGCAAACUCGUUGCUUCGAUUUUGGGGAAAUGUUAUUGUAAUCAUAGGCCCACCAAAUAA